GGUAUCUAGCUUACCUCAUAAGCCUACCUAACCUAACCUAUUCAAUUCAUCCUACGUGAACAUAUAUUUCUUUGUUCUAUGCUCGGCGCGACCAAAUAUAUUUUCUUCAUAGGUAACAUCAUUUUUAAACCCAUGUUACCGUCCUUGUUACCCAUCGCAUAAUCUCUAACCUACAUACACAAUACCUAAGGAGGCAGCCUAGACAAAUAGGUACUCCACUCUAAUCUAGAAUUCUUUGACGACAACAUCUUCAUUUUCCCAACCCUCGCGACAAAACACCGCAAUUGUACUCUCAAGAUGACUUCACUCAAUACAUUCGAAUGUUUUAAUGACCUCCCAAAAGAACUCCGUAUUCUAAUCUGGGAGUACCACUUCGAAAGUGCUCGUCUUCUCGUGAUUCAUCCCUCUCCUGAGAGUCAAAUGCGAAAUCCAAAGAGGGAGGUUCUUCUAUUCUGUUGCACCGUUCUAGACUCGGCUACCAACCUCGUCAUUCUAGAUGAACGACCUCCGUCUCCAUUGAUCAACCAUGAGGCUUAUGAUAUAGCCCUCUCAUGCAAGCGUAUCUGGACACCCGUUAUUUUCGGCAAGGAUCUUGCGGAUUCCGUUACCUCAGGCCGAGCUCGCGUGCCUCUCCAAUUCGCUCUAACACUUGCUUCCAAUGUACCUGACGAAUGCAACGACACGCGGCCGCAAGCGCGCCCCGUCUAUGUUGACUGGGACCGCGAUAUGCUCUACCUGUGUGUCUCGAAUGCUGAGCAAGCCUUCUGGGCAAUGCGCUCCGUUCCUUGGCGAGAGAAUGUGAAGAAAUUAGCCGUCCUCGUGCCGCAGAGCGAAUUUGAUAGGGCCAUCCCCUUUGGCCCCACGGAUCCCAUCCGCGAAGUACUUGAAUCUAUGACGGAGCUCCAAGAAUUAUUCGUCGUUCUAGUUCCUCAGGCCGACGUUCUUGUCCCUGUUACUACCCCUACUCCCGAAGUACUAACUGGCCUUCCAAGAGACGAGUUCGGCUUCGUUCCAUACGUCGAGUAUCUCAAGAAGGCUGGUCUCGCAAACAAUCAUAUUCUUUAUGCUCGCACGGCCAUGUCAUUUCGUGAGGCCAUGGUAGGCAUGCCCAGAAAAAUUAAACUCAAGAGAGUUGUCGACGUGGAUUGCCUUACUUGCUCUUUCGGCUACUAUCGACGCAGUCUCAGUCCAUACCGUUAAACUGCAAAUCUUUGGAAUUACUUUCCAUUGUAGCUAAACGCCUUUAUCUAAUAAUUGGUGUCAUCUUACUCCGUUCAGCAUUUCCAUUGGCAUAUGACAUUGAGCACUUCCGGCCCUUGGAUCUUAGUGGAAUAUGUGUAUAACCCCGGCACAAGAAUACCCCCCAUACUACCUAGGUAUUGAAACAUGGGCCCCCUACGUCUUAGUGUUGAUGAACAAUGGUGCAUAAGGAGUGCAUAGGGAUAUAUUAUAAUCGGGCAUUUCCCCCUCUUCAGAUCGAUAAAUCACUCACUAACCAUCGAUCUGCGGUAGUAGGCUUAGAAGCUGCCACUUGUAAUCCAGGCACCCUUGUCUAAGAUUCAUACAAGUCAACUAUGCCACAUUCGAGUGUAUACACAGGAACUCAAAUCGCUGGGAACGGAGAGAACAAGAACGAGCACGACUUUCCGGUUGAGGGUGUGGUCUCAUCGCUUACGAGAAACUACUAGAGCUUAUGCUUGUAGCUAGGUCUUUAAGCCGCCUAGUAUUAAGAUUCUAAGCAUAGAAAGUGGCUAUCCCGUUAGAGGGAAGCUAUCGAUACGAAGUAUAAAUAAAACUAUACAACAAUCAUGAUCGAUUAUA